GCGAUUUUCUAUUUUUGAAUUCAGGGUUGGAGGGCGUGAGUUGCUUGUUCCGCCGAGGUUCGGUCGAAGCCGCAUGGUCAACCCCCGACCUCCGGGUGCAAACACCGGAGCUCGGCAAAGGACUGGCGUGUCCGUUCGUUCCGCCGAAAUCUCGGUCGAGAAGCCAUGCGCAAAGCAACUUUGGCUCGAGUAUAAGUAACCAUGCAAAACCGUUGGGCUUGGUCAUUUUCUCUCCAUCAACCAUUCGAACACCAACUUUGAACAGGUUCACUUUCACCCAUUUCAAGAGAAAAUGGUCAAGAUCGCUAUCGCCGGUGGUGCUGGCAAUGUUGGCCAAGAGAUCAUCGACGUGCUCGCCGCAACAAAGAAGCAUGAGAUCUUGCUCCUGUCUCGAAAGGAUACUCCCACGGAGAAGCUUGCGCCCGGCGUGACCUGGGUCAAGAUCAACUACGAGAACCCGGACCAGCUGGAUGAAGCCUUACGAGGAGUUCACACGGUUCUCUCGUUCAUCACGGCGCAUAUGGAUCCGGGCGGUGUGGCACAGAAAUGCUUGGUCGACGCGGCCGUUCGGGCCGGUGUGAAACGCUUUGCACCGAGCGAAUGGGCGUCGUCUAAAUUUGACUACAUGCCCUGGAACGAUAGUAAAGGUGUGAUCCGGGAGUACCUCAAGGAGUUAAACAAGGAGAAAAAGGUCCUCGAGUACACUCUCUUCAUGGCCGGGCUGUUCACAAGCUACCUCACCCUCCCGUACAAAACGACCAAGCACGUCCACCCGAUGCAGACCCCGAUCGACUUUGGCAACCGCCGCCUUCUCAUGGUGGAGGGUAGCGACGACGUUUGCAUCACCCUUACCACCGUCACGGACAUGGCCAAUGUUGUGGCUAGAGCCGUCGAGUACGAGGGCGAGUGGCCGGUUGCUGGGGGCAUCAGGGGUGACGAUUUGACCAUAGGCGAGAUCAUCAAGAUGGGCGAAAGAGUUCGCGGUGGAACGUUCAAUGUCGAGAGACUGAAGGCGGAUGACCUCAAAGCUGGGAUGGUGAAGUCGACUUGGAUCCCCACACCCGACCACCCGUCCUUCACCCCCGAGCAGAUAUCGGAGUUUGCAGAGCGUAUGACCGCUGGAGUGGUUCUUGGUAUCUCGGUCGGUGGCUUGAGUGUUUCGGAUGAGUGGAAUCAACUGUUGCCGGACUACAAGUUUACCAAGGCGGAGGAUUUCCUGGCCGAGGCCUGGCGUGAUAAGCCAUGAAGGAUGAUUCUCACCCACGAGGGCGUUGAGACGUCGUGGCUGGACGUCACUGGGCAUGAGGUUGGAUAUUAGUGGCUC